AUGCUCAGAAUGAAGCGACCGUGUGUCUGGUUGGUGUUCUUCUCGCUGUGGCACACCGCUCAUGGUGACGUUAGCUAUUCAUUUCAGGAGGAAAUGAAGCGCGGAUCUUUCAUCGGAAACAUAGUGAGGGAUCUCAACCUGGAUUUGAGUAAAUUGCACUCGAGGAAUGCUCGUGUGGAUGCCACGGGGAAUCGCAAACCAUAUUGCGAAAUUAAUACCAACACUGGAGAUUUAACUGUGUCCGACAGGAUUGAUCGAGAUGAGCUUUGUGGAGAAAGGUUGUCCUGCGUAGUAAAACGCGAUCUUGUUCUGGAGAAUCCUCUGGAGCUGCAUGCUUUCACUUUGCAUAUUCAGGACAUCAAUGACAACGCACCGCAAUUUAACGAAGAAUCGCACAGUAUAGAAAUCCGUGAGUCUGCAGUCAGGGGCGCUCGUUUUGUGUUGGAGGAGGCGCACGAUGCGGACAUAGGGCAAAACUCAGUUCAACGGUACAGCCUUCAGAAUAAUGAUAACUUCGUUUUAGCUGCUGACGGAAACUCUUUAGAGCUUGUUCUUGACAAAGAACUCGAUCGAGAAAAACAAAAAGAGAUCAAUUUGCUCCUCACAGCACUAGAUGGCGGCUCUCCUCAGAGAUCAGGUACUGUUGUCAUACAUGUCACUGUGCUGGAUGCCAAUGAUAACGCCCCAGUGUUCAGUCAGGCCAUUUAUAAAGCCAGUCUGCCUGAAAACUCUCCUUUGGACACUGUGGUGGUCACAGUGAGUGCAACUGAUGCAGAUGAAGGAGUGAAUGGAGAUGUGACUUAUGACUUUGGACAUGUUUCAGAUGAGGUGAAAAAGGUGUUUAGCAUUGAUCGUAAAAGUGGACAGAUUAAAGUAAAUGGUGAUAUUGACUUUGAAGCUGUUACAACUUAUGAUUUACGCAUUAAAGCAAAAGAUGGUUUGGGAUUAUCUUCAUACACAAAAGUAAUUAUUGAUAUAGUCGAUGUAAAUGAUAAUAUACCUGCAAUUUAUGUGAAGUCCUUGUCCAAUCCCAUACCUGAGAACGUGCCACCUGGUACAGAGGUGGGCAUCAUUAAUGUUCAGGAUGGAGAUUCUGACAACAAUCAACAAGUCCGCUGCUCCCUCCAGCAGGGUGUCCCUUUUAAGUUAGUUCCUUCUAUUAAAAACUAUUUUUCUCUGGUGAGCACAGGACAACUGGACCGUGAAGUGGUGUCUGAUUACAACAUUACAAUCACUGCCACUGACGAGGGAUCUCCACCUCUGUCCUCCUCUAAAAGUGUUCAGUUGUCUGUAGCUGACAUCAACGACAACCCACCUGUGUUUGAGGAAGAGUCGUACAGCGCAUAUGUGAGUGAAAAUAACAAAGCUGGCUCCACUUUAUGUUCCGUUGCUGCUCGAGACCCUGACUGGAGACAAAACGGCACCGUGAUUUAUUCACUGUUAGCUGGAGAGGUGAACGGUGCCCCGGUGUCCUCGUAUGUGUCUGUGAAUGGAGACACGGGGGUGAUCCACGCUGUGAGGUCAUUUGAUUAUGAACAGUUGAGGAGUUUCAAAGUGCAGGUGAUGGCCAGAGACAACGGUUCUCCUCCCCUGAGCAGCAACGUGACAGUCAGUGUGUUCAUAUCAGAUGUGAAUGACAACGCUCCUCAGAUCUUGUACCCCGCCCCGGAGGGCAACUCCUUCAUGACCGAGCUGGUCCCCAAAGCUGCACACGGAGGCUCUCUGGUGUCCAAAGUGAUUGCAGUGGACGCGGACUCUGGACAGAACGCCUGGCUGUCCUACCAGAUAGUCAAAUCCACUGAUCCGGGACUUUUCACUAUCGGUGUCCACAGUGGAGAGAUCAGGACACAGCGGGACAUUUCUGAAUCUGACAGCAUGAAACAGAACCUGAUCGUGUCAGUGAAAGAUAACGGACAGCCCUCUCUGUCUGCCACCUGCUCCAUGUAUUUACUGAUUUCUGACAACUUGGCUGAGGUUCCAGAGCUGAAGGACAUUUCUUAUGAUGAGAAGAACUCCAAGCUGACUUCCUACCUGAUCAUUGCGCUGGUGUCUGUGUCCACCUUCUUUCUGACUUUCAUCAUUAUCAUCCUGGGUGUGAGGUUUUGUCGCAGGAGAAAGCCCAGACUGUUGUUUGAUGGAGCAGUGGCCAUCCCCAGUGCUUAUCUCCCUCCAAAUUACGCAGAUGUUGACGGCACUGGAACUUUACGCAGCACCUACAAUUAUGAUGCCUACCUGACAACAGGAUCUCGAACCAGUGACUUCAAGUUUGUGAGCUCUUACAAUGACAACACACUGCCUGCUGACCAGACUCUGAGGAAAAGUCCAUCAGACUUUGCUGAUGCUUUUGGAGAUGAUGAUAGAUCACCUGAGGUAGGAGCAAUCUAA